AUGGCGGCCCAGUCCUCAGACGUGUCGGCGCAGUUUUCUGUCUUUUCCUUUCUGAAUAGCAUUCAGCCACCCAGCUCCCCUCCCCAAGAAGAAGACGAACCAGACAACCCUCGAGGCGUGCAGCCUGCCACCUUUCACCAACGAAAGCCUGCCUUGGCUGGCUCCACUGCCUCUCACCUCUCAUUUGCUCGCAACACCAUGACUAUGCUAGCUCUGACUCGGUAUGCUACUGGUGCCUGGAUUGAAGCGACCUGUGACUCGGGCGGGGAUGCCGAUACCUCCACCCCAGCCUUUCAAGCUUCUUUGGGCUUUCUCUUGGGCCUCGUGCGCCUGGCGAGCUCACGCUUGUGCCAUGUCAACCUCACCCUCAUGGCCGAUCUGAUCGGUGCCCAUCUCCAACUAUUAGAGGGCGACCUCUUUCAAGUCCUCAAACACCAUGCCAAUGGCUGGCUGGAGGUUGAGCAGGGCUACCUCUGGCCCACGUGGGUCCAACCCCUUGCCGAUGCCACAGAGACUCUGGACCAGCCCGCUUCGGCGCCACAGCUGCAUCCCGAGCUUGAAACACAACCUGUACGUGGCCACGAACCUGAACCCACAUCAGAAACCGAAACCGAGCUCGAGCCUCAGGCAGCACUAGCAUCUACGCAGCCCCUUGUUUUGCCUCCUUUGGAUACCUCCCCACCCUCAGCGCCCCCUUCCACCAGUAACGAUGAUUUCUUUGCCAAUCUUCCCGACUAUGCGAAUCAACCGAGCGAGGAAACCGAGCUGUUGCAGGUUCGCUUGACUCGGCUCAAAGGCUCGUUUGGCUUGCAGAUUGCCGGCGGUCACGUAGGCGUCGGCGUUUAUGUCAAGGCCUGUCGCAAGGGCGGUGCCGCUGCUCUCGAUGGUCGCAUCCUCAAAUAUGACCAACUCAUGCGCAUCGACGAUACAGACGUGGAACACGCUUCACAUGAAGAAGUUGUGCGACUCAUCAAUCAGUGCGGCCCUUCGGCUCGCCUCACCCUCCGCCGUUCGCGCCACAACAGCGAUGUCCGCUCUCAACUCAAAAAUAGCAAGUCUGCUUUUCAUUUGACUCUCCAAGGCGUUGGCGAUCUCAACACCACCACCGAGCCAAGCGACUGGACUCAGGUCCCACUCCGCAACAAGUCCAGUCCCCGCCGCGCCGCCCGCACCCACUCUUUUCAUGCCGCCCCCGGGCCCUCGGUUGUGCAGUCGCUGCUUUUUGGUUCCCGCAAGUCCUCGCAACAGUCCGUCUCACUCGAGAAUAGCGCCGAGCCCUGCCACCUGGAUUUGGCUCUGUCGCCGCAAAAUGCAGCUCGCAUUCAAUCAAGCGGGUCACAGCCUCAGACUCCUGCCGUCGACGAUGAUGACACCGAGUUUGGCUUUGGAUCAGCCAUUGAUGACCUCAGCGCCGAGACCGCCGCCACCUCUCCCCCGCACACGCGCUCUGCGGUGCUCGUGCUUCAGGACACCGAUGAGGAAGAUGACAGCCAUUUGAACGAAUCGGCCGUUGACCACGGGACCGCACCACCCUUGCUGAAGAGUGCUUCCAAUCGGUCUGUCCUCGACCCCCCCGAGCAUUCUGUGGGUACGGCAGCCUCUAGCCGGACCAUGGGCGCAUAUGGUAGUCUGCAAACCACGCCUGGUGCUGUCGGUGAUCUGGGGCAGCUGGCAACGGCCUUGGAAGACGUGCACAAAGCCUUACACUUGGAGGGAUGGCUGAUGAAGCAGACGGUUGGCCGCAAAAGCAGCGUUCUGAGGAAGCGACCUUGGCGUCGCCGUUACUUCAUCCUUCAAGACACCAUUCUCAAAUACUACAAGCACAUUCCGCAGGCCGGCGAGACAGCAGGUGUGUUGGCGUGGCAAUGUGCCUGCUUCUUGCCUGUCAUUCCGAAACGGUUCAGUGCAAGUGUGCCUUGGUGGUGCCUUCUGCCUGACUUGAUCCGUUUGGUAGCGGGCUACGUUGUAUUGCGUUCCACAGACUCUGUGCAUCUGGCUGGCAACGAUCGGACGCUGCUUCUUGCCACGGACAGCACCGACCUGAACCUCAUGGCAUCUUCCAAAGUUUGUUUCAAACGCACUGUUGCCCCCGAGCUAGUCGCAAUAUCGACCAUGCGCGACACAGAUCUGUUUGACCGUCAUUGA